AAUGCGUACUUUACGAUUGCCAACCGACGUAAAUUCCUAGCAGAAGAAGAGGAGGGAGAAAGACAAGAUGGAAGCUGCUGUCGCCGCUGCUGCUUAAUGAGUGUUGUUUUGAUGCUGUCCCAAAACUCAACGUGUGUGCGCACGCUCUGCACACGUCUUCUCCACUCACGGCCACUGAUGGCGUCUGAUCCCAGCUGCCCUGUGGAGACCUCCAUAAGAGCUAAGCUGACGGGGGCUCUGCAGCCAGAGCACCUGGAGGUACACAAUGAGAGCCACAUGCAUGCAGUCCCCCCAGGCUCAGAGUCUCACUUCAGGGUGCUGGUGGUCAGCCCUUGCUUUGAGGGUCUGUCCCUUCUACAGUGCCACCGCUUGGUUAAUGAUACCCUGAAGGAGGAGCUGAGCACCAGAGUCCACGCUUUGGCGAUUCAGGCCAAGACCCCACAACAGUGGGCCAAGGACCCCUCUCUGGGCAAGAGUCCAGGCUGCCUGGGCGGCUCUAAAGGUGACCACACGGUCCAGCAGAAACUGCAGACAGACUGAACAUGACUGAGUGUUAGGGCAGAUGGGUAUGUGACAUUUAUGAGGUGUGCAAGAUGCAAAUAAAUAUAUAGUCUAUUACAGUGUCUUGCUCAUUAGUGAUCCAAAGUCUUGUCCAUGUCUCCAUACACAGUCCCAGGGUACAAAGAUUCUGGAUUACAAACCUUUGGACUUUACCACACAUGGGACUCUAUGAACUGUGAAAACCUUUUUGCACUUUUCUGACACAAGAGGGCAGUGUCUGACCAGCUCUGAGGUUGUUUAGAAUUCUAUGUUGCAACCCAUAAAUAAUUUCAUUUAUUUGACAUUGAUAAGUAUUUUAUUUAAAUUAUAUCAUAUUAAACAAUAAACAAUUGAAUUAAGUACAAAUAAACUAGCCUUGAAAUGUUUUGUCGCUUAAAUGGAUUAGGCCACAGUCCAUAAACAAUGUACUGCCUUCUUAUGGACAACAAAUGCUAAUGCUAUAGUUUAGAGCAGGGGUGGGCAAACUUUCUGGCUCGCGGGCCACAUAGGGUCCUAAAGUUUGACUGAAGGGCCGGACAGGAGACAGGACAUAAUGUGUUAAGAGCUCAGAUUCAUUACAUUCUUAUUCACAUUUAUGUAGGACUUCAGACACAGGCUACCUGUUUCAUCACUGCUGUGAAAGAUUCAGAACACAUAAAACUGUUCAGACCUGUUCCACUGCACACCACGAGUGAAUGUAUAUCAUUAGUUCACCACUUCCAAAUAUGACUGGUAAUAGCUCAAAAACAAAGCUCAUGCCAAAUAACCACAGAUAUACACCUGUGAGUGUGGUAAAAAAAAACUGACUACAAAAUGUUGUGCACAUUAAUAAUUACAACUCAGAGUCCAUGGGUUUUCUUGACUGAUUUUUACCAACUCAAAAUGAAAGCAGUGCAGUCUUAUAUCUUAAGCAUCAACUACUUCACUCAUGGUCCGAAUAACUUCUGUAAGAACACUUUCCCAUAAUGCAUUGCGGCCAACAUAAUACACCGCAACUCAAUGUAUAUAUAGUGCGCCAUCUACUGGGAAAUGCUGGAAAUGCAUGACAAAUAAAACAUCAACAAGGUUUAUUAUUGUAAUUUAUUCCAGUUCGGCGGGCCGGAUUAAAAGGUUUAAAGGGCCGCAUACGGCCCCCGGGCCAUAGUUUGCCCACCCCUAGUUUAGAGCAAAUAUUUGUGCAAAUGAGUGGAUUUAAAAGUAGGCUACACUUGAAUCUUGUUUUUAAAACUUCCAAUGUAUUUGCACAAAUGUAAUUUUUAAUAUAGCAUGGUUAACUUAUUGUCACAUCUUUUACUCAAAUAUGCAAUACAGUAUCAAAAUCAUCUCUAUAAAUACUUGUUUGUUUAAUGUCUGGUUCUAAGUUACAGGUCAGAUCUGUAACACAGCAAUAAAUACUUGUAAUUGAAUAAGAAGAAUCUGGCAAAAGUUAUUCAAUAGUUUAAAGCUGAAGACCAAACAAACCUUUGACAGUGGAAACGAGCAAGUUACAUAGAGCACUUUUAACUUUUAAGAACAUUUUUUUUAAAUUAAAUUUGUGCAGUUGUAGUGUGGAAGAGCAAAAACAUUUUGAUUGAUGAAAGACAAAGGCAUAUUAGUUUGCUCGAUUAAAUCAGCUUAACCUAGAAAUAAAUAAAUUGUCAAACUCUACCAAAAGUAAAUUGUAAACAGAACAUGUUAAUACCAGCAUCAUCAGUUCUGUGUGAAAACUGAUGAUGCCUGUGGUUGCAUUAAUGCUGGGCGGGGAACGCUGUGGAUCAGGCUGAGAUCUCCAGAGGAGCUGUGUUCCCGCCGCUCUGAGUGACUCUGCUCCUGUCAGCUCCUGUCAUGGCUGACCCUGAGGUCAGCUGUGAGGGUCCCUGGGGAGGACAGUGGUCAGCUGUUGGGCCUGUGUACACAUCCACCAGAGGAGAGCUCAGGGAAACAACCAGUAUAUCCAUUCAGCUUAUAUUACAUCUUGGUCCAAAAUAUUGUUACUUUAUUCACAUGAUCGGCUGUGAGCUGGAGACAUUUGUCACAGUGAGGGACAUGAGGACACUGGACAAACUGCUCUCCAUCAUGGACACUCCUAUUCACCCACUGCACCAAACUAUAGAGGGACAGAGGAGCACAUUUUCUAACAGGCUCCUAGAGCUCCACUCAAACAGUGAGAGAUACAGGACUACAUUCAUUCUAUAAUACUCCCUACAACUGCACAACAACUCAUCCUUAUGGACCAGAUAAUACUCCCUACAACUGUACAACAGCUCACCCUUAUGGAACAGAUAUGUCCUGACAAUCAUUUCAUCUUUGCACUGUUUCUUCUUAUGAUCUCUAGUAGCAUUUAUAUUUUUGCUCUUCAUCAUGUUAUAUUAUGUUGUAUAUUAUGUGAGCUACUGUGUCCAAAUCAUUUCCUUUAUGGAUCAAUAAAGUCUGUCUGUCUGUCUGUAAAUGUCUAAGUCAAAGUCUAAGGCAUCUAAAACCUCUUCAGGCAUGUUUUUGAUGAGGGACCUUUAGCUUUCUACCAUGUUAUAAUGCUUUGUAACUGUAAAUUCUAAUUGUAAAUGACAAUUUUCCAUAAUACUCCCUCUUUAAGUUACCCAUAUAAUCAAAGAUUUGAUCUGGAGGACAAUAUUUUGAGUCCUCUGUGGUAGUUAUUUUCUGGAUUUUGUAGUCAAUGUUGAACAAUUUCCAAAUUCAGAUCACUAAAUAUUUGGUUGUUUGAGAAAUCACACUGUGUGAACAACUUUUUAAAAUGGUAAAAUUACACUUUGCUCUCUAUAGGAUGUGAACUGUGCAUUCACAUUUAAAAGAGCUUUAUUUCACAAAAUACAGGAAAAAGACUCUUGUGAGCUGUAAGCCAUGUUAUAAUGUGUUUUGUUUCAUUCACAAGUUUGAAUAAUUCUUGAUCGUCAAAAUGUUCUAUUCCACUUUGUGAUGUUAUGAAGUUGUAGUUUUCAAGUGAACAGCUCCUUUUACCUUUUUUCAGUAGAUUGGCAAUUCCAGGUCUGAAAUUAUCCAAAUUAUUCUAGCGAAGUUGUAUGGAGUUUAAAACACAGUGGAACACAAGGCGGAACAGAAUGAAUUUGAGAAAACAAACAAACAAACAACAUAAGGACCCGGUCAAGCAAGAAGUAAACAGCAAGGCCAAAAAUUCAAGUUAAUGCAUCUGAUAUAAAAAUGUAUUCAACAGAUACAUAUGUACUCUAGUUUAUGAAACUGUUGACCUUUUUUCUGUACAAUUUUUGGUUCUAAAGUUCUAUACGUUUUCAACAGACCAUGUAUGAAACAUGGAACAAAAAUUAUUUCCCAAAUUUCAAAGACCUGCAAAUCAUGUAAAUAAAUGGAUGUAUUUCAUCA